AAACAAACUUUUGCAUCACUCCCUUUUCCAACCCUAGCGGCGGCACCUUAUCUUCUAAAUCCAAAGUCCAACCCAGCAAAAGCUCAUUGGUUCUUCCAACCUUAUCUUCCAACUCUAGUACUUUGCCUAUUGGUUCUUCACCAGCUCCCUAUCCAUCCUCUAAGUGUCACUGUUAGAAUUAGCUCAAGUCGCUCACGCCCUUGUCCUAACUACUUCAGUUCGUCUUCCUCAAUCGAUACAAGUCUGGGAAGCCAAGAAAUGUCAGAAGGACACUGGAUACUUCGAGGCUUUUCGGUUGAAAUGUCUACGAUACAAACUGUUCUCAACUUUCACUCCUGGAAGAUUGCUCCAGCUUUCACACAAUGGAUUGGAAGAAGAUUUUACUUGAAAGAUAUUAGAUUGCUACUAGUAUUUCUUAGUUCUUACAUCUAUCAUUGUAUCACAAAUACUGUAUUCAUUUCUCUUUAUUUGAACUUUUUAGCUUGAAUUUGUAAUGUUAUGUUAUGUUCCUUGGAUGUUUUUCAAGAUUUGUACUCCGUACCUACUACUAAUACUCUGUAAAUAAGAAUUAAUUGAUAACUCGUAUGCAUCUUUA